AUGAACGCGGAAGACGCAUCUCCGGCAGCGGCCAUAACGCGGUGGAAGUUCGAGGCAUCACGGCGGUACCAACACAUUCUCGAUAAAUCAACGCCGCACGUGGGGCAGCGAUGGCUGGGUUGCCUCGUGGUUGCGUUGGUUUACGUGCUCCGUGUUGAUCCGGAGAUUCUCGACGCUGAUCAUGGGCCGUCGCUUCCUACCUCCGGUUCGGAAGAGUUUCGGCCGUUUGUUCGUCGUCUGCCGGAGUUUAAGUUCUGGUACUCAAUCACAAAGGCAUUCUGCAUUGCGUUUGUGAUGACUUUCUUCAGUGCGUUUGAUGUCCCCGUGUUCUGGCCAAUACUCCUAUUCUACUGGGUGGUCCUGUUCACGCUUACUAUGAGGAGACAGAUAGCUCAUAUGAUCAAGUACAAAUAUGUACCGUUCUCAUUUGGAAAACAGCGCUAUGAUGGGAAGAGAGCAUCAGCAGAAAGCACUAGACUUUCGGAUGACUGA